AUGUCAGUUAGACUUAGGUCAAUACGAAUGUUUUAAGUACGAGUUAAUCUGAUGUGUUUUUGCCGCCAUACUUCUCGGCAAGUUAAUUUUCCACCUGUCAAACGCCUGUAAUCCACGGUCUUUUUACCAACACACACAUCACACAUGUGAUACAGGGGUUAUCUAUCUGUCAAAUAAAACUUUCUAAAGGAACUGAAAGACUUUCUUAUUGUGGCAGAAUAGUAAAAAGACCAUGUCUACAGCAACAGGACAGGCAGGGACAACAUCGAGUCCAGACUCAACUCAGAAAGCCAAAACACCGUCCAAACCAGACUCUUCUGUGGACACUGAGCAGCAAAAGUCAGCAUCUCUACCAGAUUUUACCUCCAACCUUCAGAAGGCCAAGAAUAUGCCAUUACCAGAUUCUACUACAGACACUAAGAACACUGAAAAGAAACAUAUAUCCAGCAACAGUGAUCAGGGGGAUGAUUCUCCAGAUUAUCUAGGAUAUGAGGAGGAGAAUACAGACAGUGAGCAUCUAAGUGUACAUUCUUCAUCCAGUGUUCUAAAUUCAGACAUUCUAGCUAAGAAAAGGGCUGAAUUGGGUAAAGCGAAAGCCAGGAUGUUGUAUGCAGCAAAAGAAAUGACAUUACGUAAACAGCAAAUGGAACUUGAAGCAGAAUUGGAAAUGAUAAAUCUCAAAAGGGAAGCAGCGGAGGCAGAAGCAGAGUGUCAGGCAUUUGAAUCAACAAUCAACCAUAUUUCACAGUUGUCCAGUCGACCAGCUUCACCGGAUAACCUAAACUACCCAAAGCUGAAACACACCUCAAGCACCAGCCAAAAUAUUCAUGUCAGUCAACCUACACUUGGACAUGUCUCUUUUGGACCUACAUUAGACCAUGUUCCUUCUACACUGAAUCCGUAUGCACAGGCAUACACACCUACCUCAUGCCUUCCGUCACCUUACAUGACGCAGCAAGAGACACAUGUGACCGACGUCACUCGUUUCCUACUAAGAAAGGAUCUUCUUUUCUCUCGACUAACAAAUUUCAACGACAGGCCCGAAUCCUAUAGUGCAUGGAAACACAGUUUUUUGAGUGUUACAAGUGAACUACAAAUCUUGGACUCAGAGCAGAUGGAUCUUCUCAUCAAAUACUUGGGGCCCGAGUCAAAAAAGCAUGCUGUCAGCAUCAAAACAUCCAACAUCUACAACAUCUCCAGAGGAUUAAAAAGACUUUGGGAAAGAUUGGAUGAACGCUAUGGUGCUCCAGAACAUGUUGAGGCUUCAAUAAGAGCAAAACUUGAAAACUUUCCCAAGCUGAGUAACAAAGAUUAUCAAAAACUCUACGAACUGUCAGACAUUCUUAUGGAGAUGGAAUUCUUAAAGGAAGACCCCAAAUACAAUGCUCUGUUAGCAUAUCUUGACUCAUCAUCAGGGAUUAAGACUAUUAUAUCCAAACUACCAUACGGCUUACAAGAGAAAUGGACCAAUAGAGCUGUAAAGUAUAAGAAGGAACACAGUGUUAUAUUUCCCCCAUUUCAAGUGUUCGUGGAAUUCAUAAAGGAAGUAAGCAAGGUGAAAAAUGACCCAGGAUUCAACUAUGAGCCAGACACAAACAGCACCAAGAAAUUUGCUGCUCCAAAACUACUUAGUUACGCAAGAAACAAGGUCAAUGUGAACAAGACAGGUGUUGACGUAACUACUCCACUUGAACGUUGUAUCAUCCACAAGACCAAACAUACUCUAGAUGACUGUAGAGGAUUCCGGUCCAAGUCAAUAGAGGAAAGGAAGAGACUCUUGAAAGAAAACAACAUAUGCUUCAGAUGUUGUGCUUCUAACGCUCACAAAAGUCGCGAAUGCAAUGCUGUUAUCUACUGCAAAGAAUGUGGGAGCAAGAACCAUACAACUGCCCUGCAUCUUACCAGAAAUGACAAAGUGGUUUCCAUGGAUUCUCAUGCAACUCGUCAAGCGAAUGGCGGGGAGGAAACCAACCGCAUUCCUAUUUCAUCAUUGAAGGACAACGGCGGGGAGUCAAGAGGUAAAGUGUCCAACAGUGUGUCAGAGGUCAACUCAAGCUGCACAGAGAUAUGCAGAGAACCUUACAGUGGAAAGUCGUGUGCCAAGAUCUUGCCCGUUCAUGUGUUUCAUCGUGACAAUCCACUCAAGUCAGUAAAGAUGUACGCAGUGAUUGAUGAUCAGAGCAACCGCUCAUUAGCUUCUCCAGAAUUCUUUGAGUUGUUUGGUGUGAAAGAUAAACCACAGAACUAUACCAUAUCGACCUGCUCGGGCAAAGUUGUCACUUCUGGAAGAAGAGGAAAGGGGUUCAUUGUGAAAUCGAUAGAAGGUGAUGUAGACUUUGAACUACCAACCCUGAUCGAGUGCGACCAUAUACCAAACAAUCGCGAUGAAAUACCCACUCCUGAGGUCACUUUCCAUCAUGAACAUCUUACAGAAAUUGCUGGGUACCUUCAACCACUUGAUGCAGAAUGUCACAUACUUUUGCUGAUUGGACGUGAUCUAAUCGAAGCCCAUCAUGUUCUACAUCAAAUCUUUGGUCCACCAAAAGCUCCGUACGCACAACAACUCAAACUUGGCUGGGUUGUUAUUGGAGAAACUUGUCUCAACAUGCAGCAUGCCUCACAUGAUCUAAGUGUAAAGAAAACUUACCUUCUACCAACUGGUCAGCCUUCGACUAUGAAGCCAUGCAGCAACAAGUUUGAGGUACGAGAACUAGUGAGUCAGUCUUUGUCUGAUGAGUCACAGCUAUUUAUCAGGACGAAGGAUGAUGACGAACAAGGCAUGUCAAUAGAAGAUAAAAUGUUCUUACAACAGAUGGAUAGCGAAUUUAUCAGAGACUCUUCGGGAAGUUGGGUGGCCCCACUGCCAUUUCGGGAGAAUCGACAACGAUUACCAAACAACAAGGAACAAGCUGUUCAACGUGCAAAACUCCUUGAUGUAAGCCUAAAGAAGAACCCUGUGAAAAAAGAACACUUUCUUACAUUCAUGUCUAAGAUUCUGGACAAUCAUCAUGCAGAAGUUGCCCCAGAGUUACCUGAUGGAGAAGAAUGUUGGUUUCUACCCCUAUUUGGUGUUUACCAUCCCAAAAAACCCGAUCAAAUCAGGGGUGUGUUCGAUUCAUCAGCGAAAUUUAAAGGAGUCUCCUUAAAUGAAGUACUUCUCUCCGGACCAGAUUUAUCAAACAGCUUACUUGGCAUUCUUCUAAGAUUUCGCAGGGAAAUGGUUGCUGUGACUGCCGAUGUGCAACACAUGUUUCACUGUUUCUUAGUAAGGGAAGACCAUCGUAACUUCCUCAGGUUUUUGUGGCACAAGGAUAAUGACCUUGACAAAGAAAUCAUUGAGUAUAGGAUGAGGGUACACGUCUUUGGUAACCGACCCUCACCUGCCGUCGCAACACUAGGACUCAGAAAGGCAGCUGAAGCAGCAGAACCAAACUAUGGAGAUCAUGUCACCAACUUUGUAAAAAAUGACUUUUACGUUGAUGAUGGGUUGACUUCCUGUCCAACCAGUGCAGAAGCUGUUCGCAUUCUCAAGGAUACUCAGAGUGCCUUGAAGGAAUUUGGUAAUCUCCGGCUCCAUAAAUUUGCCUCCAACAGUCCAGAAGUUAUGUCAGCCUUUGCAGCUGAGGACCUAGCAACAAAUCUGAAGGACUUGGAUCUGCAAGCGGAAGAUAUGCCUCUGCAGCGAAGCCUCGGUUUGAGCUGGGAUGUCAACAGUGACACCUUUGUCUUUCAACUGUCAAAGGACCACAAACCUGCCACACGAAGAGGUUUACUUUCAACCGUCAAUGGGAUUUAUGACCCUCUAGGCUUCUUAGCACCAGUGACUAUUUAUGGUAAACUCUUACUCAGGAAACUUAUAGCUCAAACUCAAGACUGGGAUGAACCUCUCUCUGAGGAACUAACAUCUCUUUGGAAUUCCUGGAAGGAUUCUUUAGAUGCACUUGAGGACCUACAUAUCCAACGGACAUAUGUGACCAAUCUCAGCAAAGUUAUGAGAAAAGAGCUUCAUGUGUACAGCGACGCAUCUGAAAAGGCCAUAGCAGCUGUCAUUUAUUUGCGCACCACAGAUAGUGACGGACAGUGCAAAGUUGGAUUUGUGUUGGGCAAGGCCAAAGUUGCACCCAUGAGUGGACACACUAUCCCACGACUGGAAUUGUGUGCAUCGGUGUUAGCAGUUGAGAUUGCACAGUGUGUUCUGAAUCACCUUGAGAUACAAAUAGACUCUGUGAAGUAUUAUACUGAUAGCAAAGUAGUCCUCGGCUACAUCUGUAAUGAGUCUAGGAGAUUUUACAUCUAUGUUGGCAACAGAGUAGAUCGCAUAAGGAAGUUUACAUCUCCAAGCCAGUGGAACUACGUGCCUACUGAUCGUAACCCUGCAGAUCUAGCAACGAGAUGUCUACCUGCACAUGAGCUUCAAGAUAGCGCUUGGUUGCAAGGACCAAAACAACUUCAUGUCAUUAAACGUGAAGAACAGAAUGAGAAUGGACAUCCGCUCAUUGAGCCAGAUGAAGAUAAAGAGAUUCGCCCUAUAGUUUCAUCCAUGAAAACCUGCACCGCAGACAAUGAUGGUGAACAACCUUGCACUCCAAUGACUCAACGAUUCCAGCGAUUCUCUGAUUGGAGAAGACUUGUGGUAGCCAUGAACUUUCUCAGAUACAUGCUUUUCAAGUUUAAAGGCAAAGACAUUGAUCUUAACACUGUGACCGAAAGGUACCAGGACACAGAGCAUUUUGUGAUUCGAAUGGUGCAGUCUGAGAUGUACUGUGAGGAGAUUGAGUGUAUACGACAAGAUGAGCCUCUACCAAGACGAAGCCCAAUAGCCAACCUUAAUCCAUUCUUAGAUGAUCAGGGACUUCUACGCGUAGGAGGUCGGAUAGUCAACUCAAAAUUGACCUUGCAAGAGAAGAGACCAUUGAUUAUUCCUGGACGCCAUCAUAUAGCAACCCUAUUGGUUCGACACUAUCAUGAAAAUGUCAAGCACCAAGGGCGUCAUUUCACGGAAGGAGCUAUCAGGGCAGCUGGACUUUGGAUAACAGGCGCCAAACGACUUGUCUCCUCGAUUAUCCAUAAAUGUAUCACAUGCAGAAAACUCAGAGGGAAGACACAGUAUCAGAUCAUGGCAGACCUACCUGCAGACCGCCUCGACCCAGGGCCACCUUUCACAAAUGUAGGUGUAGAUGCAUUUGGACCUUGGGCUAUUGUCUCACGUAAGACCCGAGGAGGUAGUGCCAACUCCAAGCGCUGGGGAAUAUUGUUCACCUGCUUAACCACAAGGGCAGUUCAUAUUGAACUAGUAGAAGAAAUGAGUUCAUCUGCAUUUAUCAAUGCUGUCAGAAGAUUCACCGCCAUAAGGGGUCAGUAUGUCAAUGAUGAACCGCUGAAGAAGUAUCUACACAAUUCUGGUACUGUAUGGAUCUUCAAUCCGCCCCAUGCCUCCCACAUGGGUGGGGCUUGGGAAAGAAUGAUCGGCGUCACCCGUAAAAUCCUCAACUCAAUGCUGAUUGAUGCCAGUGGAAAAACCUUGACCCAUGAUGUGCUGAACACAUUUAUGGCAGAGGUCUGUGCGAUCAUUAAUUCAAGGCCUCUUGUUCCUAUAUCCACUGAUCCAGAUUCCCCAUUGAUACUGACUCCAGCAAUGCUGUUGACACAGAAGACAGAGUAUGAGUUCAAGGCCAAUUCACUUGGAGAAUUCGGUGACCGAGACAUGUUCAAGGCUGAAUGGAGACGCGUUCAAGCUUUAGCUAGUGUAUUCUGGUCACGAUGGAAGAAGGAGUAUUUACCACUACUUCAGAGUCGUAGGAAGUGGACCAAGAAUCAGCGUGACAUAGCAGAAGGAGACGUAGUGCUUAUAAAGGACAAGAGCGUUGAACAAAACUGCUGGCCUAUUGGUUUAGUCUUGAAAGCCUUCAAGAGUUCUGAUGACCAUGUGCGAAAAGCUGAAAUUCGUACCAUUGUGAAUGGAAAGCCUACAGUGUAUAUCAGACCAGUUGUUGACAUGAUACUUCUCAUUGAAAGUGAAGUUGUGUAG